AAACAACGCAACACAACAAACACAAGCCAAGCACCAACCCUUUUAGCUUUAAGCUCGCUUUAACCUUCAAAAACCUCUCCAAAUUUUUCACCUUUCUCUCUGUGUCGGUGUGCAGGAUCAAAACACGCUUAUAUUAUAAUUCUCUGUUAGUACUGUGUCUCAAGUUUCCCUCUUUCACCUCUCAACAACCUCAAAACGUGUUCUUGUUGUGGUUUUGGUGUUCCAGAGCUUCGAUCCUUUUCUGGGGUGUGUGAAAGUUUUCCAAAAAUGAGAGCUUUUUUGUUGCAAGGUUGGAGCUUCAUUACUUAAUGAUCAAGGGUUGUUGUGGUGGCUAUUGGUUCCGUGAUUUUGUGAGCUUUGUGCCGGAACUGGAGUGCAUGUGGGGUCUCAUUUGGAUUCUAUGUUCGUUGAGGGAUUUGGGGAAGAGAAUAGUGAGUUCGGAUUGUGGUCUUGUGAUUCGAAGUAGGGGUAGGUGGGGCAAAUGUGGCUGAAUUCUCUCUGAAACAACAUUUUUUUUGAGAAGCUUUGUGUUUUUCGUUCUAUAGGGUCAUCCUUUUUUGGAAUUGGAAGCUUUUGUAGGUGUUCCCACUUGCCAUAUAAGAAUGCAGCAAGAUCAAAGAAAAAAGAGUUCAAUGGAGAUGGAGUUUUUCUCUGAUUAUGGGGAUGCCAGCCGGUACAAAAUUCAAGAAGUCAUCGGGAAAGGAAGUUAUGGUGUUGUAUGUUCAGCUAUUGACACUCAUACCGGUGAAAAAGUUGCAAUAAAAAAGAUUCAUGAUAUAUUUGAGCAUAUAUCGGAUGCUGCACGCAUUCUCCGGGAGAUAAAGUUGCUUAGACUUCUUCGACAUCCUGAUAUUGUUGAAAUCAAACAUGUCAUGAUGCCUCCUUCUAGGAGGGAAUUUAAGGACAUUUAUGUUGUUUUCGAGCUCAUGGAGUCGGAUCUACAUCAAGUCAUUAAAGCCAAUGAUGACUUGACAAAGGAGCACUAUCAAUUUUUCCUUUACCAGUUACUUCGAGCAUUGAAGUAUAUCCACACCGCAAAUGUCUAUCAUCGAGACUUGAAGCCAAAGAAUAUACUGGCCAAUGCAAACUGUAAACUUAAAAUCUGUGAUUUUGGGUUAGCAAGAGUCGCUUUCACCGACACACCAACAACAGUAUUUUGGACGGAUUACGUUGCGACAAGGUGGUAUAGAGCACCGGAGCUUUGUGGAUCAUUUUACUCAAAGUAUACUCCGGCAAUCGACAUAUGGAGUAUAGGUUGCAUCUUCGCAGAAGUAUUAUUAGGAAAGCCACUUUUCCCUGGAAAAAAUGUUGUCCAUCAGUUGGAUCUGAUGACCGAUCUGCUUGGAACUCCUUCGCUGGAUACUAUAUCCCGAGUACGCAAUGAUAAGGCUAGGAGAUACCUAACUAGUAUGCGGAAGAAGCAGCCUGUGCCAUUUGCACAGAAGUUUCCUAAUGCAGAUCCUUUAGCACUACGACUACUUGAAAGAUUACUUGCCUUUGACCCGAAAGACAGGCCUACUGCUCAAGAGGCAUUAGCUGAUCCUUACUUCAAGGGAUUAGCAAAGGUGGAGAGGGAACCAUCCUGUCAUCCUAUCACGAAAAUGGAGUUUGAAUUUGAAAGGCGAAGAGUCACAAAGGAAGAAAUCCGAGAGCUAAUUUUUCGUGAGAUUUUAGAGUACCAUCCCCAACUUUUGAAAGACUACAUAAAUGGAACGGAGAGGGCUAAUUUCCUUUAUCCAAGUGCUGUUGAUCAAUUCAAAAAGCAGUUUGCUCAUCUUGAGGAAAAUGGUGGCAAAAGUAGUCCAGUUAUGCCACUUGAACGAAAACAUGUAUCGCUUCCAAGGUCAACGGUUGUUCAUUCGAAUAUGGUAGCCCAAAAAGAGCAAUCAAACAAUGCUUCGAGCAAAAACCGGCAACCGGCCGAGGAAUAUAAUAACAAUCAAAGAAUUCCACCAGCAAAACCCGGGAAAGUAGUUGGUCCCGUUGUCCCGUAUGAGUAUGGUAGUAUCGUCAAGGACUCUUUCGAUCCGAGGACAUUCAUCAGAGGUUCUUUUGUUCCUUCUCAAACCGUUCCUCCCACGUACUAUUACCAAAGAUCAACCGCCGGACACCAAGACACCGAAAAGGGGUUGCCUUUGAAACCAAAACAUGGCCCUCAGCAAUGUGGAGUGAAUGCGAAAAUAGCACCAGACAUAGCCAUCAACAUUGAUACUAACCCUUUUUUCAUGACAAGGGCAAUAGGAGUGAACAAGAUAGAACAAGAUGAUAAUAAUAAUAACCAUAGAAUAGCCAUUGACACGAACUUGCUUCAAUCAAAAGCUCAUCAAUAUGGCGGCAUUGGUGCUGCGGCCGGUGCCACUGCUCAUAGAAAGGUUGGACCUGUUCAGUAUGGCAUGACAAGGAUGUUCUAAAAGAAAGGUUUGUGUUGUGAAUAUUGUGGCUGUGUGUGUAGAGAAAAGAAAAAGGUUUCUUGUUAAUGUAGUAACUACAAUAUUUGGUGGUGUUUUCUCCUUUCUUGCUUCUUUCUUUCUGUGUAAAAAAUGACAUGAGUUAGUGCCUUCCCUAGAAAGCAAAGCUUUUUUUCUUCCCUAGAAAUGAUGUAAACUUUGGUUACAACAAUAUGAAUAAAUUGGGAUGUUUUCAUCA